AUGGCACAGCUCUCCGCCUCGAUUCUCCGCCAAAUCACCUACAGUACAACCCGCUUCGGCGUCUACGAGGAGCUGAAAGAAGUCUUCUCCAGCGGCGUCCAAUCGCCCUCCUUCCCAGCCCUGAUAGCCAUGGCCUCGACCUCCGGCUUCCUGGGCGGUAUUGCCGGCAAUCCAGCCGAUAUUCUGAACGUACGGAUGCAGAACGAUGCUUCACUCCCCGCAGCAGAAAGAAGGAAUUACAAGCACGCUAUAGACGGUCUCAUACGCAUGGUGAAGGAAGAAGGCUUCGGCAGCUUGUUCAGGGGAGUAUGGCCAAACAGCACCCGAGCAGUCCUGAUGACGGCCUCACAACUAGCCAGCUACGAUAUCUUCAAGAAGGAACUCUUGCAGAGAACGAACAUGGGCGAUAACCUCACCACUCACUUCUCUGCAUCGUUCAUGGCAGGCUUCGUCGCAACGACCGUCUGCAGCCCGGUGGAUGUGAUCAAAACUCGAGUCAUGAGCGCAAAGACGCACGAGAGCUUGUUUGAGCUCCUGGCGAGGAUCACGAGGAACGAGGGCUUCGGGUGGAUGUUCAAGGGCUGGGUGCCGAGUUUUGUGCGUCUAGGACCACAUACUAUCUUCACUUUUAUGUUCCUCGAGCAGCACAAGAAGAUAUGGAGGCAGUAUCACGGAUAUGAUGAUUGA